UUCCUGGAGAAAAAAAAUGAACCUGUUUAGAUUGGAGAAGAUCCUUGAAAUAUAGACCAGGGUGAUGUUUUCUGUCCUGAAGCUCCUCAUUCCGUUCUGCCUGAGGGUGUUGGUUGGGUUUCUUUGAAUACAAACUGCUUGAUUUGGGCCUGAAGGUUGACGUUUCAGAAGCUAAUUCUGAAUGUCUGACCCCAGCCACGGAGUGUAGUUUGUGGUACUUAAGUUGGAAGUUGUGGAGAGCUUCCUUCUUGUGGGCCGAGUGGUAGGGGCAGCUGUUUCCUAGGUAUCUGAGCACACAGAAUGGGGAGCAUUCUAGGCACCUACAGCAGAUCACCUAUAACCUAGACACUGCUUGUUCCUCCCCUCCAGGAGGGGAGACCUCCUGGAGAGCCAGGAGGUGACUGCACAGGUCGGGCUGGAGAAUGCCUGGAAAUGACUUAUGUAUCGUCACACCUUGUCAAAGCGGGCAAAAGAAGGCAAGAAGAAAGCGCCCUGCCCUGGACUUGGCUUGUUUUACACGUUACUCUCUGCCUUCCUUUUCUCAGUGGGCUCUUUGUUUGUCAAAAAAGUGCAGGACGUCCAUGCUGUCGAAAUCAGUGCGUUUCGAUGUGUGUUCCAGAUGCUAGUCAUUAUCCCUUGCUUAAUAUACAGAAAAACUGGCUUCGUAGGCCCCAAAGGUCAACGGGUCUUCCUCCUCCUCCGAGGACUGCUGGGCUCUGCCGCGAUGAUCCUCUUAUACUACGCUUUCCAGACGACGUCCCUGGCAGACGCCACCGUCAUCACCUUCAGCACCCCAGUGUUCACGUCUCUGUUCGCUUGUCUGUUUCUCAAAGAGAAGUACAGCCCCUGGGACGCGCUCUUCACCGUAUUCACCAUCACGGGGGUGAUCCUGAUCGUGCGGCCGCCGUUCUUGUUCGGCUCCACUGCUGAGAGGGCCGGAGAGAGCUACUCCGUCCACCUCAAGGGCACGUUCGCCGCCGUCGGACACGCCGUGUUUGCUGCCGUGACGUUGGUGAUUCUGAGGAAAAUGGGGAAAUCGGUGGACUAUUUUCUGAGCAUCUGGUAUUACGUCAUCCUGGGCCUGCUGGAGUGUGUCAUCAUCCUCUGUGCGUUGGGAGAAUGGAGUCUGCCGCACUGCGGACUGGACAGGCUGUUCCUCAUCCUCAUCGGGCUCUUUGGGCUGGGGGGGCAAGUCUUCCUCACGAAAGCAAUUCAGAUUGAAAAGGCAGGGCUGGUCGCACUCACGAAGACCAUGGACGUGGUCUUCGCUUUCAUCUUUCAGAUCAUUUUCUUUAACGAUGUGCCAACGUGGUGGACAGUGGGCGGCGCACUCUGCGUCGUGGCCAGUAGUAGCGGUGCAGCCUUUCGUAAAUGGUACCAGAGUUGCAAGUGAAACAGAACCCCUGGCGAAUAUUUUUUCAAGCACAGCACCCUACAGUUAAUUUAACUCAAACGCGCCACACCCAUGCUCCUGCAAAAUCUACGUUUACUUCGAUCAUAUUUAAUAAAUCUUAUCAUUGAAAUACCAUUUCUAAAUAUGGUAUGUCUUUCAUUAAGAAUAGUUGAUCUGUUUGGUCUAUCAAUUAUUUAUAUAUAUAUAGAUAGCUUUCUUGUUUUAAUUUUGGUCCGGUUUUUGAUGGGGUGCCAUGGAUCAGAGAGCUCGUUAGUUGAGAAGAAAACGGCAACAAUGUUUUAUGACUAGUAUAGCUAUAUGAAAUAUUUUUUUUAAGCAUAGUAUAUUUUUGGUACUGAUGGGCUAUGAGUGGGGAGAAAUUUUAGAUGCUCUCUUAGCAGCGUCGGAAUUACGAAGCUUAUUGAAAAUAAUGCUGCUGUUUACAGUAUUGUGGAUUCAUUUGCAAUAUAUAAUUCCACUUAGGAGGCCAAAGCAGAAACUUGGAGGAGGUGGGUAAGAAUUGAUCUUACGCAGAUCUUAUGUGUCCAUAAAUUCGCACAUAGAAAAGAUUUUUUUAAAAUGAUCCAAAUGAAUUCACUGUACUUUCUAGGUUUUUGUAAGUGAUUAUCAUUUUCUUGACCCAUCCCUGUGCCUUUUCAUGUUCAUGCUGGAUUUUUUUAUAUGCAAUGUUUAGAACAGUCUCCAAUGGUCAAAGUUGGCAGAUGGUUCUGUUUCAGUAACAUUAAUAACUGUUGCUAUGAUUCUGUCAUUUGAAUUGUCUUCUCUGUUUUUGUAAACACUAAGAAUUGGGGUUUUUAAGUUACAGGAGAAAUAUUAGCAUGGCCGUGUACACAUUUCCAUCCUAAAAUGUUUUCCGUCACUGGAAAUAGAAUCUCGUAUACCUUCUCUUUGAAUUUAUAGUGUGAUGCCAAAUAAAACUUUCUCAGGCUUUGGUUAGUUUGAACCAUAUGAAAAAGCCAAUAUCUGACCUUCUUAAAUGGUAAAAAUGACAGUUUCAUGUGGUUCAGUCUAAUACACACCUCGCUCACGCUCUAGACCAAAUACUUAGAGGACUUUGGAAAAUAUAUGCAGAUGUAUUUAUAAAUCGCUUUUAAACCAUGAUAAUGCUAUUGGUUUUAUAGUCUUUUUCUCUCAUGGAAUUGUUUGUGAUAAUGCUCCAUGUUACACGUUAAAUGUAAAAACCUGUGAAUCCA